UCAAUAAAUUGUCAAGUGAAAACUGAAAACAACACAAUGAACACAAAUUGCCCUCAACCUGAUGAAUCUUCAAAUACUUCAAAGAAACUACCCAACAAAAAAGCUUGGCGUCAGAAACGAAAACGCUUGAACAAGCAGGGUAGGAAAGAAAUUAAAAGGAACAAUAAAUUGUCAUUCACAAUGUCUACAUGGGCAGAGACCUUCACUUUAGCUUCGAAUUGGCAAAUAAAACAUCAGCUGGCUUAUUGGAAAGCGCGAGCUAAGGCACUUGAAUACGAGAACAGUAUACUGCAUGAUAUAAUUCGUAAGAAUUACCUCGGGAACAGUUCAAAUGGGGAAAACGCGCACGUCGAAUCGGAAUCUAUAAAUCAAGAUGAAAUUGAACAUACAAACCAAGAAGUGAGCCAUACUGGUUAUAAACAAAAUGAUUAUCAAAAUAAUGAACAAAACGACGAAAUGUGUGAUGAAGUGUGUUCCGAUAAUGAAGAAGGGAACGAAGAUUUUGAAGUGAGUGAGGAAUUUAUAGAAUUUUUAAGGACUAAUGCGAAAUUUAAGGAAGAUGCGCGGAUAGAACGCGAGAAGUUAAAAGCAAAGCAACAAGCCCAAAAAGACAUACAAGAAGAGAGUGAGGAUAGAACUAUAAUGAAUAAUGAACAAUUAAAGGAACUGUAUGGAGAAAAGUGGCAAAGAAUUAGUGCCUUACAAAUGUCCUUAAUGACAGAUUUCAUGAAUAAAAGCGAUGAGUGUAAACCUGUGUACUGGCCUAAUAUACCAUUUAAUUUUAAUUAUAGCUAAUAUCUACUAUAAGCAAUUAUUUUGUAUUUUUAUUAAAUAAAUAUACAUAUUAUAUACACUUAA